UUUUCACCACACUGCAUCUUUUGUCGCGCAGUGGAAGAAAAAGAAGAAUGGAGUUUUUGCGGCUGUGAAAUUUGUAAUGAAGAAAAAUUGCACUUUUUAUACAGGAAAUAUAAACAAAAAGUGAGAAAAAGUGUGUGAAAUUGGUGGUCAAGAAUCCACUGAAGGUGGUGCAAGUGAAAAAUCUGAGAAAACUUUGAAUCUCCAAUAAUUGGCAGAAUAUAAUAUCAUUUGUGGAGAAAAUAGAAGGAAAAAAGAAAAAGAAUAGACAAUGAUGAUUAACCCUUCCACAUUGUGGUGUCAAUUGAUGGAGGAGUGAAAAUUUCAAAGAGAAGUCAAAGCAGCAAAUGAUAGAUGUGGUGAUUGCAGAAAGUGUACCACAAAACUACGAGUAAAUUGUAUUCAGGAUAUUUAAGCCAAUACGGAAGAUUCAAUUGACUCUCAGAAUAAUUUAUGUAAAAAAAAAAACAACAACAAAAUACAAUAACAACAUCAGCCAUAUAAACGAGAGGGAGUGGAAAAGAAAAUUUUAUCAAUCAAUGGCGGGCAAUUUGAAACAUGGAAAGUCUCAGGAGGACGUUUGCUAUGUGGUGGCAAAGUAUGACUAUGCAGCUCAGGGAGCUCAAGAGCUCGAUCUGAGGAAGAAUGAGCGAUAUAUGCUACUGGAUGACUCAAAACAUUGGUGGCGCGUUCAAAAUAGUCGCAAUCAAUCCGGAUAUGUGCCCAGUAAUUAUGUGAAGAAGGAAAAACCAUCAUUAUUUGAUAGCAUUAAGAAGAAAGUGAAGAAGGGAUCUGGCUCCAAAACCCUCCCCAAUUGUUCACCAUCUAGACAGACAGACAGUCCCACGAUGGCACGUCGGCUGCCAGUGGAUCCGUCUGAGGCCAUCGGAACGGCCAUCGUGAAGUAUAACUAUCAAAAGGUGCAGAAUGACGAGUUAUCCCUGACAAAAGGAACUCGGAUUCUCAUUCUCGAAAAGUCCAAUGAUGGAUGGUGGCGAGGACAGAGUGGUAACUGUGUCGGAUGGUUUCCCAGCAACUACACCACAGAAGAGAUUGAUAACAACGAUGAGACUCUGCAUACUUACGCCAUGGCUGAAAAUGUUCUUGACAUUGUGGUCGCUCUCUAUUCUUUCAAAUCCAACAAUGAUCAGGAAUUGUCCUUUGAGAAGGGCGAUAGACUCGAAAUAAUUGAUAGACCUGUUUCAGAUCCAGAAUGGUAUAAGGCAAGGAACAAUGCGGGCCAAAUUGGUUUAGUGCCCAGGAAUUAUCUGCAGGAACUGACGGAAUAUCUAUCAGGACCAUUCCGUGGUGGUCAAGUUGGUGUUGGAUCCGACAAUGGAUCAGUGGAUCGACGCAAGGAUCCGGGACCAGGAUCUGUGCAACAACCACUUGAACGUCCCAAUUUGGCGGGCAAGAGUUGGUACUAUGGAGCCAUAACUCGCAAUCAGUGUGAUACUGUGUUGAAUCAACAUGGACACGAUGGCGAUUUUCUCAUUCGAGACAGUGAGACAAAUAUGGGAGAUUACUCAGUAAGCCUUAAAGCCCCGGGACGCAAUAAGCACUUUCGUGUUCACGUGGAAGGCAAUAUGUAUUGCAUUGGUCAGCGAAAAUUUCACAAUUUGGAUCAGUUAGUCGAUCACUACCAAAGAGCACCAAUUUAUACCAAUAAACAAGGUGAGAAAUUGUAUCUAGUGCGACCACUUCCGAAGGCGAAUGGCACAUAAACGUAAUUUUUUUUUUACAAUUUAUAUAAUAACUUAAUUUAUAUUAAUGAAUGCCCAGAGAAGAAAAAAAGAGUAAAUUAAAUGAUGAAAAAAUAUUGCUAAUUAGUGAAGGAAACACAUUUUUUUGGUAUUAAAAACAAAAACAAAAAAACUUACAUGAAAAUUACAGAAAAAAAUAUAAAACAACGUAUACACAAGACACAAAAAGAAAUCAACUUAACUACAGUAAACAUUAUUGAAAAUAUUAACUAAUAUUAAAAAUUAGGAUUUUUCAUACAAUGAGAGAAUCUAAACUGAUAUUGAAGGCGGAAGUUUGAGAGGGGGAGUGGGAGUGGGAGAGAGAGAAACUUUUUUUCUUUCUUUAAAAAAAACAACACGAUAAACUCUUCAAUUCAAUUGAAGAUGAAGUGAAGAAAGCACAAAGUUGCACAUAAAAAAAAUGUUGGUAUGAAGAGGAAAAUAUUUUCUUUCACAUAAUAAUUCCAUUUCUCAUUUAUUUUAUUUGUAUUAUUCUUUUUUUUAUAUAGGCAUGAAUGAAGAACUCAAUUAUAAUCAAAUAAACUAUAAUAAUUCUAUUUAAAUAUUAUUUUCUUCACAACAAUGUCACUGAUAUCUUGAGAUAUUUAUAGACAUGCAAUUCCGAGAAAUAUUUUCCUCAAUUCUUCACAUUUUUUUUUCAAUCUUUUCUUCUUUGGCAAUUGAUGUGCUCUCAUGGUUUCCUCUUGAAGUGAAUUGGAGUACAAGGAAAAAAAAUAGGAUAACUAAUGAGUAAUUUAUAAGUAAAAAAAUAUUAAAAAAAACAAAAAAAAGAUUUAUACAUAAUUUUACGUAAAAGACAUUUUUUAUAAACAGUAUAUUUACAAUCGUCAAGUAACAAUUAAAGAAAAAAAAAGAAUUAGAUAUUUAAUGAAGAAAUCUAAAUUUUAUCAACACUAGUGUAUUACGCAAUUAAUAUAAUUUGAACAUAUUAAAAAAAAAAAAAGAAAUGAAGCAAACCUACAUUAGUCGUGUGAAAAAAAAUGAGAUAAUUUGAUUGCAUGAAAUCCACAUUAAGAAAAAUGAUGAGAAAGAAAAUCAACAUAAUACAAUUUUAUGGCACUCAUGAAGAAUUGCAAACUAAUUCAUUCUUCUUCCAAUUUUUACACCUACAAACAAACAAGAUAUUUUUAGUAUGAUUACGAUGGUUGUAGCAUAAAAGUCUCCUGCAAAAUGAUAAUUUUUCAUUCAUUCAUAAGCGCACAAUUAAGUUUUUUUUCCAUCAAGAAAACUUAUGUUUUUACAACAAACUGAUUUUUCUCAUGACUCCUCCAUGUAAAAUGUUUUUGCUAGAGCACAGAGGUGGGAGGAGAAAAAAUGCGUGAUAACCCUAAAUUAAGUCUAAAACGCUCCAUAAUUCAUUGGAAUUUUGUAACAUAUCCAAAAAAAGAACAUAAUCUCCAUGGUUUCAAUGAGUUUCUUUUUCUAUAACAGGAAUAAAUUAACUUCGUAGUGCUACGUACGACAUAUCGCUUAAAAUUUAGAAUCGAUAAUUGUAUUUGGCAAUAAAUAGUACCUUUAUUUACAUACAGUAUAGAGUCUCCUAAAUUCGAACGCUCGGGGGGUAUUUUUGACAUUUCUCACCUCCCAAAUUCGAACGAUUUUUUCAAAACUAACGAAAUUUGUGUGAGAUUAAAUUGUACUUUGAAUCAAAUUCCCGUACUUUCUCGCAAGUCUUAGUGGUAACAUACUUCCUUUUCAUUUUACACGGCCAUAAUGUAUGUAAACAUUCAGGAAGAAGCACAUAAAUAUGAUUUUCUUUCACCAAGAAUACGAACUCUCUAACAUAACCUCACAAUUGACAUUUUGAAUCCAAAUGGCGUUCGAAUUUGAGAACACUGACUGAUUCGAAAAUUGCUUCGAAAAUUCGAAAAAGAUGUUUUUAUGCUUUUAGCAGACCUUUGAGAUCAUGCGAAAAUUUCGUGAAACCAAAAUUUACAUCCCUCUGUUUCUCAAAAACUAAAACAGAUUUGUUAGGACAUUCAAAAGAAGAAGAAGAGUUCAAAAGAGUGAGAUAGACAUAUGCAAAACGUUUUUGAGAAAGAAAAGGAUGCUAAUUUCGGUUACGUGAAAUUUUCCUGAUCUCAAAUUUUGAAGUAUCCAAAGGGAACAUUCAUCCAUUCGUUCAUUUUCAACCGCUUAUCCUUAUUGGGGUCGCGGGCCCAUGGCAUUCAAAUUAGCAGCCAACGCUGUCGAUCCUCCGCCACUUCAUGAAGAUGUUCGGGUUCGAUCCCAAGGCGUUCCAAGGCAAGAUUCUGAAUUUGAUUCAGCCACCUCGUCCUUAGGUCUGCCUCGAGGUCGACGUCUUCCCACAAUGGCUUGCAUAGCUUUUCUGGGGAAUCUUUUUCUAUCCAUGAGUUGAACAUGUCCAUAACAUCGAAGUUGUGAUCUCUCAACCCAAAGAAGCAACUCCUCGACUCUUAGCUCUUCACGAACGGCCACAUUCUUCACUCGAUCUCGACGAGUGAUUCCCUUAACUCUUUCGCGUCUUUAGGGUAAUGUCAUGACUCGGGGAAAAAAGUUUUUUUUGGGUAUUUACAUUAAUUGAAAUCUAUCAAUAAUCUGUCAAUAAAAUCAACUGUAGUAGAUCAGUAAAUUGCUAAAUAUUUAUUAGAAAUCUUUAUAAUCACAAUCAGAGUUUACUUACCUGAAAUUGUACAGGGAGUUCCGCUUUCAAAGAAGUUCUCGGGGCCAAAAAAAAGCCUGCAAAUUCACUCCAGUGACACAGAAAAAUUGCAUACCCACAGGAGAGGUCUUUGGAAUAAGUUACAUAAAUGCCGUGUUGUAUGCAAAUUUUUUUCCACGCCAAUUUUUCAGCCUAUUUUCAGCGCCAACGGUUCAUAAGAUACAUUAUGUAUUUCAAAUUUACCGCUUGAAGAAUAUUUUGCAUACAUUUAGGGACAUUUCAAAAAUUAUUUUACAAAUGCGUUCCUAAUAGUAGGCAAUUCAUAUCAAAUUAUUUCAAUUGGGUUUCACAUAAGCCGGAACUCCCUGUACCAACUAAUAAUUAAUAUAAUUUGCCUAAUAUGCGUGCUCACAUCUAUAGUUUGAUUCUUCAAAAGUAUCUCAACUGAAAGUUAAAUAGCUUUUUUAUUUGCACAAAAUCCUUGGUGUUCAAAAAGUUCAAAUUGAAUUUCGAAUUUUAAAACUACAUUUUCGCGGAAGAUCGAGGAGAUAGAAAUUCACUAAGAAUCUGUUGAAAAAGUUACUCAAUGAUUCUAAGAAAUUAUAAUGGUGCAGCAAAGAAUGUCGCGUCGUUGCUUUAUUUUGUUUUCCGUAACAAAAUGAAGACUGACACUCGGGACACUUCGAAAUUCGACCAAGAAAUUCCAAGUUACAAUUCAUUACAGUCACUCCCCUGGCAAGUUGCCUGAAAUUUGAAGCCACUUUCUCAUAUUUCGAUUUAAAUUUAUAUGGGAAUUUUUUUGCACUCGCGACCGUUACGCUAAAUAUCUAAAAAGUGAGAAGUUUUUCCGUAUUAUAAGAUAUCUUUCCGUAUGGAGGGAUAAAUAUACUAAAUUUUUGUUUAAAUACAUUUUUUCUUCAGAGCACUGUGAGCUGAAUUCGAGAUCAAUUUAGGAAAUUGGCUUCAAAUAGCUCCAUAUAAAAAAAUUAACUUGAUAUAUGCUUGAUUACAGUUUGAUAUCACAACGAUUUUUUGUUCAUAAUCUAUACACACUUAUAAUUCUUCUAAAUUCCAUGAAAACUACCUAAAACUAUCAAAAAUGAAAAAUCACAACAUAAGUACAAAAAUCAUAGCAAAUUUGUGCAUGUUUCGACGAUUCUAUUUCAUACUCUGCUAUCCCAGAAUGACAACUUUUCAGGAGAACGAUUUGAAGUCGGAGAUUUAUUAUGCUUCACGUCUAAUUUUUUAUUUUUCGAAAAGCUUGAAUAUCUCGUCACCUGUAGAGAAAUUCUGUAAUUUUUAUGACAUUGUCACACGCGAGUUCGAAACCUGGGGUGAUAUGAUCUUUCCGUACAGAAGUAGAUCUUGAAAAAUUCGAAAAUCUAUUUGAAGAUCCAAAAAAGAGACUUUCUUACUUCUUAAUACUUUCGCAAGGUAGCGGAAGUUACAAUCUGUUCGAAUUUUGAAGUGCUCACAAGUAUCAAAAUGUGACGAUUUUCACAUUGUUGUGAGGAAAAUAACAGAACAACGACGUUUACUGUUCUUGCCCCAGUAUUUAAUCACUCCAUAAUCACGGAGUAACUCUUUUGCCAGUUUUUUAGUGUGAUAUUUGAUAAAUUUUCCCCACAUUGUUCGAAAAUUUAGUAUGAAAAUUCGAAAUUGAAUUUGAAUUCUUCGAACUUCAACGACUUUUUAUGCAAAUAGAGUUUCAUUUACUUUUUAUCCAAGACACUAUUGGAGAAUCAAAAUCUACUUGUGUUUGGGAUCUAUGAGGGUAACUUUUUCACCCUGCUGUUCCUUAAUUUUUAUUUAAAACACCUGUCCAAAAUAAGGACUAUUACCUCACUGGUGAACCUCGUAGAAAAUUGCCCAUUUUUCACACCAUUAACCAUUAACGUGAAUCAAAACAAUAUUGAAUGAAUAUUUAAUAAUAUCACUGAAAAACAGCGAGGAAAGAUUGUUAGUAGUUCACCACAGCUAAAUAAGACUGAAGUAAACACGAAGUUCUGUCAUAUUUUUCGUAAGCAAUUGGUCACACUGAAUUUUCAACAAAGUAUUUCAACUCAAAUCAUAUUCAAAAUUUAACGUAUUUAGUGUUAAAAUCUUCCAAAAAGAACAAAUAUUUAGAUAGAAUUCAUUGUUCAUCAAAUAUUGGAAUAAAAAUCCAUCAUUUUAAUCAAUUUAUUUUUAGUGUCCAAUUUUAUCCUCAAAGUGUCCAAAAUAAGGAACUGGACAAAAUUAUGAGCCUUUCCCCUAUCGGCAAUUUACUAUAAAAUGAAUAAUGUUUAAUAUUUGAGCGUGAGAGUGAGGUUCAAUGGUGUAUUCAAAGUCUUCGACCUGAAAAUUGUUUCCAAUUAAAUUUAAAUAUUUAACCCUAUUGAUUUUGUCAUGGAGAUUAGACUUAAUUUAUCGUUUAUUCAUACACCAAUCUGUGCCAGUAACCACCUUAAUGCUACAUCCUCGUGUCAUACACCUUUAUAAGUAAUGUAUUAACCGUAGUUCACAGUAAAUAUUCCCAAAAUAAUAGUGAAAAGAAACUAAUUACAUAGAACAAAGAUAGAUUUUCAAAAGGAAAAACUCCUAAAUAAAAACUUAAAAGUUCUUUUUUUCAGAGGUUAUUUUUCCGAAAAAUUUUUCAUGCAACAAAUUUGUUAUUUUAAAAUUGAAGAGUGACAUUUGUUUUUUUUAUUUAGUUUAAUUUUUCAAAUUUUGAAUUGUAGAAAAGAUGUGAAUUUAUUUUUUAAAACAAAAAAAAAUCGACAAUUUUGUAAAUUUAUUUUUUAUAUAUUUUUGUGGUAAUGCUUUAUUCUAAAAAAAAAACUCAACGAAUGUAUUCUUAAAAAAAAAUGAAACUGACUCUUAAUACAAAUUAAUGCAUUUAUGGUUUGAUCUUCAGAAAAGGUGGACAUAAUUUUUAAUUCGAAAUAGGAAUGCAAAAGAAAAGUGAAUUAUUGGGAUAACUAAAAUAGAAAGAAAAAAAAUUUACUAUAAUUAUACUCAGAAAAAAAGGGGGAGAAAAAAGUGAAUUAUUAAUAGUCAAGUGAAGAAGACCAUUAAUAUCAAUCUUAACAUAUUUAUUGCUAUAUUCAAAUUGUAUUUGAGAAAGAUGAAAAAAAUAGGGAUACAUUGCUGUCGAUGUGUGUAGAUGUUUUUUACUAUUUAGACGACAAUGAGAUCAUCUGGAAUAACACUGAACAGCAGAGUUGGAAGGGUUUGGCCCCAUUUAUAUUUCAAUUUAUUUUUUGAAUAUUUUUUUUUUUAACUUAGAGAAACUCCAAACAUACCAUUCUAGUCAUUAAAAAACUUGAGGAGUUCUCUGCAAAAUCAUAAAACAAAGAAUUAAUAAAAAAUCAACGAAAUUGAGCAUUUACUUUAUCACUAUUUUGCAAUUUAUUUUUUAUUUAUAAAUUUAUUUUCUUUAGGAAAAUGUUGCAAUUAAAAUGUAUUAUUUAAAUAUAAAUCUUACGAAAUUAAUAAAUGAAUUUCACAUUUUUUUGGUCAAUAAAGCAUUAAGAAAAAACCUCCAACUCUGCUUCAUUCAAACACAAAAUGUCCAACAAUUAUUAAGAUUAAUAAAAGACAAAAAAAAUAAAAGAAAUAAGGUGCAAAACCAAUUUGGAUGUCAAUGUAAUAUUGUCAUUUAUUAUUUUCCAUAUUUAAAGAGAAAAAAAAACAAAAGAGAAAACAAUCCGCUUGAGAAAAAAAUAGAAAAGAAUGUAUAAAUGGUAAUGAAAUAAAACAAGAAAGAUAAAAUUGA